AUGGCCGCCUCGGCGCCGCCCCCACCGGACAAGCUGGAGGGAGGUGGCGGCCCCGCACCGCCCCCUGAGCCACCCAGCGCCGGGAGGAAGCAGGGCAAGGCCUGCUCGCAAAUAAAGAGCCCAGAAAAGAAGCGAAGGAAGGCGAAUACUCAGGGCCCUGCAUACUCACAUCUGACGGUUCAGUUUUCGCCACCCCCGACUCCCAUGGUGGAUCACCUGGUUGCAUCUGACCCUUUUGAGGAUGACUUCGGAGCUCCUAAGGUGGAGGGCACAGCCCCUCCAUUCCUGGGCAGGCCUGUCCCCUUUGUGGGCUUCCGUGUACCGGGGUGCAUGGCAGGCCAGGUACCCCCAGGCUGUGGCACUGGGGGUGGAGGAGGCCCCCAGCUUCUUCAUCAACAGUGCCCCCUCCCUUUCCCUUCCAACUCCAUGGGCCCUGCUUUCAACAUGCCCCCCCCAGGCAACCCUCCCCCAGGCAACAUGAACUUACCCAGCCAACCCUUCAACCAGCCUCUGGGUCAAAACUUCAGCCCACCUGGUGGGCAGAUGAUGCCAGGCCCCGUGGGGGGAUGUGGCCCCACAAUCUCACCCACCAUGGGACAGCCUCCCAGAGGGGAGCUGGGCCCCCCUUCUCUCCCCCAAUGCUUUGCCCAGCCAGGGGCACCUUUUGGCCCUUCUCCUCUCCAGAGACCUGGUCAGGGGCUCCCCAGCUUGCCCCCCAACACAGGUCCCUUCCCUGGUCCGGACCCUGGCUUUCCUGGCCCUGGUGGUGAGGAUGGGGGGAAGCCCUUAAAUGCACCUGCUCCCACUGCUUUUCCCCAGGAGCCCCAUUCAGGCUCCCCAGCUGCUGCUGUUAAUGGAAAUCAGCCCAGUUUUCCCCCAAACAGCAGUGGGCGGGGUGGGGGCACCCCGGAUGCCAAUAGCCUGGCACCCCCUGGCAAGACAAGUGCGGGCUCAGGGCCCCAGCCUCCCCCAGGCCUGGUAUAUCCAUGUGGUGCCUGUCGGAGUGAGGUGAACGACGACCAAGAUGCCGUUCUGUGUGAGGCUUCCUGCCAGAAGUGGUUCCACCGCGAGUGCAGGGGCAUGACUGACAGCGCCUAUGGGCUGCUGACCACUGAGGCCUCUGCUGUCUGGGCCUGCGAUCUCUGCCUCAAGACCAAGGAGAUCCAGCCUGUCUACAUGCGCGAGGGCAUGGGGCAGCUGGUGGCUGCUAACGAUGGGUGA